CACCGCGGUAGGACCAAUCCACAACAACACAACAACAACAACACAAAGCACACUCACCUACAACACCCUGCUUCCACCGCCGCAACCAGCACCAUGGGCCUGUCACCGUCCACCUUGAUUGACCGUGUUGGCUACCAAGUCCCCAACUCUGCCACGGAGACAAGCUCCCCGAUCAUUCGCAACAGCAAACAGCCAAACAAGAUCAUCAGCCUCCCAUUUGAAGAUGAACCGGACGUCAACACGCUAUGGCGCAUCUUCGAGAGGGCGACCAAGAAGUUCAAGGACAACGACAUGCUGGGGUACCGCCCCGUGAACGACGAGGGCAGCGUUGGCCCGUACACCUUCGAGACGUACGGACAAGUGGGCGACGAGGUGGCGAAGAUCGGCUCAGCCAUUGCCCAAUUGAACCUGGACCCUCACUCCACCAUCAGCAUCUUCGGCGUCAACUCCAUGGGCUGGGUCAAGUCCCUGCUUGCUGUGUGGCGGCAGGGCCACGUGUGCGUACCGCUCUACGACACGCUCGGGGCAGAGUCGAGCAAGUUCAUUCUUCGCGAUGCAAAGGUCACCACCGUGUUCUGCGAGAAAGCGAAGAUUGAUCAGGUCCUUGAAGUUGUGGAUCACUGUGAUGUCACCACCGUCAUCCAGUUUGAGCCCGUCGAUGACGAGCACAGGGCCAAGGUCCCCGAAGGCGUGACCCUCCUGUCCCUUGACGAGUUCAAGGCCCAGGCAGAGAAGGCCGUUCCUCCAGCUGACAUUUCCCCAGAUGACCUCGCAUACGUCAUGUAUACCUCUGGCACGACGGGCAACCCCAAGGGCGUGCGGCUGUCCCACUGCAACGUCGUCACCUCCACCGCGGGCCUGUUGGGCAUGAACGUCACCAUCUACCAGCACGACGUCUACCUCAGCUAUCUCCCGCUCGCACACAUCUUCGAGGCCAUUGUGGAGGUGAUGUGCUUUACAGGCGGUGCCUCCAUUGGGUUCUACCAAGGAAACGUCAGACUGCUGAUGGACGACAUCCAGGCCCUUCGCCCAACCGUCUUUGCCGGCGUGCCACGCGUCUACUCCCGCUUCUACGACAAGGUGACACAAACGGUUGAGAGCUCUGGCUGGCUGAAGCAGACGCUGUUCAACUUUGCCAUGGGCAAUCAACUCGGCAACGUGCAGAACGGCACUCGCAAUGCGCUGUGGGACGCCCUCAUCUUCAACAAAACCAAGGAGCGGCUCGGAGGCCGCAUCCGGCUGAUGGUCUCUGGCGCUGCGCCGCUGCCUGCGCACAUCAUGGACUUCCUCAAGGUUGUCUUCUGCUGCGAUGUGCUGCAAGGGUACGGCAUGACGGAGAACGCCGCCGCCGCAUGCGCCACACCGCUUGGUUAUGCGCGCGCAGGCACCAUUGGCGAGCCUGUCCCCUGCUGCGAGAUUAAGCUUGAGGACGUGCCGGAGCUCGAGUACACCUCCAAAGACAAGCCGUUCCCCCGCGGUGAGAUCUGUAUCCGCGGCAAGAAUGUGUUCCACGGCUACCACAACCUGCCCGACAAGACGGCCGAGACGCUCGUCGACGGCUGGCUCCACACCGGCGACAUUGGCCAGAUUGUUGACGACGGGUCCAUCCAAGUCAUCGACCGCAAGAAAAACAUCUUCAAGCUCGCGCACGGCGAAUACGUCGCAGCCGAAGAGCUGGAGGGCAUCUUCCAUCGGAGCAAAUACAUUGGCCAGAUCUUCGUGUACGGUGACAGCACACAGCCCACGCUCGUGGCCAUUGUUGUUCCGGACAAGGAGACGCUGGAGCCCUGGCUUCGCGAGCAGGGCAUUGAGGGCGACUUUGCCACGGCAACGCAGGACCCGAGGGUAAACGUGCUCCUGCUUGAGGAGAUCAAGCGCGAAGGAAAGGCCGCCAAGCUCGCGAGCUUCAAGAUUCCAAAGGCCGUGCACGUCGAGGGUGAGGUGAACGAGCUGAUGCAAGGCUUCACCGUCCAGAACGGCUGCCUCACUCCGACGUUCAAGCUGCGCCGCCCUCAGCUCAAGGCCCGCUACCUCAAGCAGAUCAACGACAUGUACGCCCACCAGGCCUCCAAGUGAACAGCUUCAUUCAUGCCACCAUGCCAUGCGUCACACAAGAGCCGCACAGGCACGACAACAACGCCAGUCCCUCUGCUCUGCGCUGCACACCACACAACUCGGCGGCUGCUUUCUCCCUUUUCGUUCCGUGUUACAUCUCCCCUUCUCCCCACUGCUCGUGUGUGUGUGUGUGUGUGUGUGUGUGUGUGUGUGUGUGUGUGUGUGUGUGUGUGUGUGUGUGUGUGUGUGUGUGUGUGUGUGUGUG